GCCGCGCUAUCUGGAUCCGAUCAAGUCAAUCUUGGUCUCGUCCCGUGAAAUAAGAUGGCACGUUGCGGAAGCUUCCGGUGCAGGAUCCGUUUUUUAUUUAUUAAAAAACCCUGAAAGUUCAUCUCGUUUGCCAAUUGUGUGGGAAUUGAAGAGAAAGACAAAAGACUUCCAUCCAACCUUGUUUGCCUGUCGCUCAUCUCAACCCCACUUGCAGCCAUGCAGCUUUUACAAGCCAUCGCCCUGCUCGCAGCGGCAACCACCGCAGCCGCGGCCUCGUGCCCAUGCACGGCCAAAACACCGCCAUUCACACCCGGCGAGCUGAGCGCGGACCAGUUCACUCCCACCACCAACAGGCGGUACCGCGUCCACCUGCCAAAGUCCUACCAGCAGUCGACCAAGACGCCGGUGAUCUUUUCGUACCACGGCGCCGGCGGCACCAUCGAGAAGCAGGUCAAGCUGGACGGCUUUACGGAUCUUUUCCGCAACGACCGAUACAUCGUCGUCUACCUGCAGGCCGCGACCCCAAACGGCACCGACAAGGCGCAGUGGCAGGUCGCGCCCGAGGCCAGGGACAUUGACGACCUGGGCUUCACAAGCGACGUGCUGCAGAUACUCGGAGACAAGGUGUGCCUGGACAAGAGGCGGGUCUAUGCCGCGGGAAAGUCGCAGGGCGGCGGGUUCGUAGGGCAGAAGCUGGCGUGCGACAAGGGGCUCAGCAAAAAGUUUGCCGCCUUCGCCCCCGUCAGCGGCGCCUACUACAUCCUGGACCAGACCAAGAAGACGUGCGAGCCCACGGCCGACGUCCCCAUCCCCUGCGACACCGAGCGCACCGACACGCCCAUCCUGGCUUUCCACGGCGGCGCCGACCCGACCAUCCCGUAUCGUGGAAUCUAUCGGUCUGGGACGAGAAGCUGCCUGCCUGACAUUAGGCACUGGGUGAGGGAGUGGGCGUUCAGAGACGGGCUCAAGGGCACGCAGGACAACUCCACCAUCCAAGGCAGUCAGAAUGGGGUCAAGAGCGCUUGGAAGGAUGAGAGAGUCACGCUCUUCUACGAUGGUGAUAACAUUCCACACGACUGGCCCAGUCUGGUUGAGAACUCUGACAAUGCUGGAGGUCCCACUGCGGCCUUUAACGCAUCAGACAUUAUUCUCCCGUGGUUUGAGAGAUGGUCUCUGCCGUAAACAAUUUGCACAAUCUGAUGUUGCUGUUUUUUUUUUCUUUUUUCUUUUAGUCCUAAAGAAAUGUACAUUAAUGACUUCUUGAGGAUACCGCUCAUAAAACUGUGGUGACGUGUAAAACCCCCGCCUGUAUCUCUGGAAAGUACCCAUCCGAACUUCAGCGACUCUGCCG